GGUUUUCGAACAUUUCCACACUCAAUUUUUUUUGUCACCUUAUCUUUUCGACUUAACUCGUAGUUAACAGCUAAACAUGGCAGAACCUGCGAUUGGCCAAGAAGAGAAUUUCAUCUUGUCCACGUUUCAUGGUGUAUGGUUGAACCGAUGCUUGAGCCUUGUAGUGGGCUUCAAGAUUCCUGACCUACUCUGCAACACCGACAAGCCGUCUGUGAGCAUCGAGGACAUAGCUGCUAAAACAGGAUGUUCUUCUUCUGAGAAAAUUUACUUGAUCAUGCGCUUACUCGCUCAAUGGGGAAUAGGCAAAGAACUUGAAAACAGACACUUUGCCAAGAACAGAGCAAUGGAGCUCCUAAGGAUGGACCAGGGACCAAGUUUUGGACACUUCUUAAGCAGCUAUUCUAGUGAGGAGUAUUUGAUGGGCUUGCUAUCCUUGCCAGAAGCCGUAAGGUCCAACCAGUCAGCUUUCUUCCUUGCGCACGGAAUGAAAGAUUUCUAUGAAUACAUGAAUCAGAUUGAUGACUCUCCWUACGACAAGUCCAAGCAGUUCAGAGGUUCGUCGACCGUGAUGAUUGGAAGCGACGAGAGAAGGCGAGAGUUCGCUGACUACUUCAACAAAGGACAAGCCAUGCGGGUAAAACUCCUUCUUUUACCAGAAGUCAAAGGAAUACCAACCGUAUAUAACGUCUAUCCAUGGUCCACUUGUAAAAGAUUACUAGACGCAGGAGGUUCAACUGGCUCGUUUCUUGCCUCUAUUCUUAAGCAGCCUGAUUGCCAGGACAUCCAGGGGUUUGUUGCAGACCUACCUGCCGUGGUAGACACUGCACUUCAGGAAUACCACCAGCUUGGACUCCCAGAGAACCGUAUCAAGUUCCUCAAGCACAAUUUCUUUGAGCCUUAUCCCAAAGAUUUUCACGUUGACGCGAUCGUUUUCAAGAAUACCUUAGUCAUUUUCAGUGUUCAGGAAAAGAUCCAGAUUAUACGAAACUGCCGUUCUGUUCUACAUGAAGGAGGGAAAGUUCUUGUCUUGACACUUUGUGUGAACGACGCGGGUGUCUUGCAUAAGAACGUUGGGAUUAAUGGGAUUCAACAUGGCGUUCACGCAGUUCUAACGUCCAACUUCUUGAACGGCGUUUACAAAACAAGAAGCGAGUCAGAAAAGGAUUUCAGGGAAAUUGGGAAUCAAGCGGGCUUUAAACUCUCCAACAUCUAUGAAACGUUCCUUGGUGGAAUCACAAUCUUCGAACUUUCAGCCAUUUAACAAACACUGAAUGCAUAACAAAAGAACCAGGCAUGUACAAUAGAUACUGUUCCUUAUAUACAAGAUUCUUUUAAUAUUGUUUAUAUACACCUAAUUGAAAAAACGUAGUCGGGUUUGAGAAAGUCAUAUCAUCGAAGCUAAGACCGACUAAAGGGUUUUGGGUACUCCGUAAUGGGACGAAUUACAUUUGCAUAUAGACAUGUAAAAAUGCACAGUAGAGCAAAGUCAGUCGACCUAGAUUAACAACAUGCCGAAGCCAUGAUGCAUAAAAUGUGCACAGGAAGGAAAAACUGCAAUACGCAUGAAAUUAGCAUAAUUGUUUGUCUUCCCAUGCUCCCCUUCGGUCUUAGCUUUGUGGCUACUGGCGUUUUUGUGGCUACUGCUUCGAUAGAAGCGUAGCCAUAAU